GUGUUUCCAGGGAGACAUCCAGCAGCUGCUGAUUGUAGCCGAUCACCGUGCUGCCUAUGACUACUGCGAGCACUACAGCCCCGACUGUGAGGUCCCUGUCCCAGAGCAGCCCCAGGCCCAGGACCCCAACACAGACGAAUACGUGAGUCACUUCAUCCCUCCACACUCUUCUGUUCUCCGCCAUCCUGUUUCUAUCCAUGUUUACAGUAUGUUUAGAGUAUGUUUUAUAUACUCUAUCCUUCAUUUCAGGUGAGUCUCUCUCUUCUCAUGUCUCAGGGUAAUUGUCAACAGGUGGAAGUCUGUGUCGGCUUGAGAAGUUUAACAACAAGAUAAUACACUAUUUAAUAAAGUGCUAAUUUUUGGACAAGCAGAGGUUAAGGGCAACUAUUGGUCAGGGUGGGUCCUUUAGGGCCUAAGGAGGAGUACCUGAUCUAGCAAUAACAGAAAGGCUAACCAAUGAACCUCUAAACCAGCUCCAGGUUCAAACAGUCAGGGAGUUCUGUACAUUAUAUCAAACACCUUCAUAUACCCUGAGGCAUGGUAUUCCUUUAUCUCUUCAUCCAUAAGCAGCUCUUUGAUUAGGGAUCAGGUAGCGUCUGUUGGACAAACUGCUGGAAAGAAAAAAAGAGCUGCAUGGCUGAGGGGAAAAACGCUGAAGUCUGCCAGAGAGAAAGUGCUGAGUGCUGGGGAAACCAACAGGGUUGAAUCUGCUAUGCAGUGAUAGAGUAGAUCAAAUAUGCAGGCAUGGCAGAGUACUUGCCUAAGCCUGUAUCUCCAUAUUCUAUGCUGAAUGGAGAUUGUCCUUCAACAGUAUAUCUGCCCCCAUUCUAUUAAACAACUCUGCUUUCCUACCUUGGCGUGGUAAGGGUUGAUCCUUCGGAGGAGAAGGACAUUAAUUCAACAAGCUAACCAACCACGCCCUUGGACUCAUUCCAGUUGAAGUGGUGAUAUCACCCUUCUUAUGGACGGGGAGUAGUCAGGGAGAGAACCAGAACCAUAGUGUGCCCAACCACUGCUCUUGUACCUCAUCUCACCCCAUCUGGAGCCAUCAAGAACAGGCAUAACUGGUCGCUAAGGGCCCCCGGCCACUAGGGACUCAGUCGGGGUCACAAAUUACUGUUGAGAGUUAGAAUAGUAGAAUACACAACGUGCAAGUUCGAUAUUUGGUUGGUUUUGUCAGUCACUGACAGUCACUCACUUAGCCAUGUCAGCUAACAAUUUUUUGACUGGUAAGUUAGUCUAGCCAGUUAUCUAAACUUGUAGUAAUCAAGGUUGAAUACCGAUCGGGCACACAGGGUACGCGCACAGGCGCCCUGACCUCCAGGGAAGCCCCAUUGAUUAGGUUAGUCACUCUCACUCAGAUAUCAAUGAUAUGACAUAAGCCAUGGCAAAAUGGGUAGAAUAUGUAUUUCUGCACCAUGGUAAAAUUAAUAUACAGUUGAAGUUGGUCCUCUGUAGCUCAGCUGGUAGAGCACGGCGCUUGUAACGCCAAGGUAGUGGGUUCGAUCCCCGGGACCACCCAUACACAAAAAAAAAUGUAUGCACGCAUGACUGUAAGUCGCUUUGGAUAAAAGCGUCUGCUAAAUGCCAUAUUAUUAUUAUUAAAUUGGAAGUUUACAUACACUUAGGUUGGAGUCAUUAAAACUUGUUUUUCAACCACUCCACACAUUUUUUUGUUAACAAACUAUAGUUUUGGCAAGUCGGUUAGGACAUCUACUUUGUGCAUGACACAAGUAAUUUCUCUAACAAUUGUUUACAGACAGAUUAUUUCACUUAUAAUUCACUGUAUCACAAUUCCAGUGGGUCAGAAGUUUACAUACACUAAGUUGACUGUGCCUUUAAACAGCUUAGAAAAUUCCAGAAAAUUAUGUCAUGACUUUAGAAUCUUCUGAUAGCCUAAUUGACAUCAUUUUAGUCAAUUGGAGGUGUACCUGUGGAUGUAUUUCAAGGCCUACCUUCAAACUCAGUGCCUUUUUGCUGGGCAUCAUGGGAAAAUCUAUAGAAAUCUCAGAAAAAAACAUGUAGACCUCCACAAGUCUGGUUCAUCCUUCAGCAAUUUCCAAAUGCCUGAAUGUACCACGUUCAUCUGUACAUACAAUAGUAUGCAAGUAUAAACACCAUGGGACCACGCAGCCGUCAUUAUGCUCAGGAAGGAUGAACAGACUUUGGUGUGAAAAGUGCAAAUCAAUCCCAGAACAACAGCAAAGGAUCUUGUGAAGAUGCUGGAGGAAACAGUACAAAAGUAUCUAUAUCCACAGUAAAACGAGUCCUAUAUCGACAUAACCUGAAAGGCCGCUCAGCAAGGAAGAAGCCACUGCUCCAAAACCGCCAUAAAAAAGCCAGACUACGGUUUGCAACUGCACAUGGGGACAAAGAUCGUACUUUUUGGAGAAAUGUCCUCUGGUCUGAUGAAACAAAAAUAGAGCUGUUUGGACAUAAUGACCAUCGUUAUGUUUGGAGGAAAAAGGGGAAUGCUUGCAAGCCGAAGAACACCAUCCCAACCGUGAAGCACGGGGGUGGCAGCAUCAUGCUGUGGGGGUGCUUUUCUGCAGGGGGGACUGGUGCACUUCACAAAAUAGAUGGCAUCAUGAGGAAGGAAAAUUAUGUGGAUAUAUUGAAGAAACAUCUCAAGACAUCAGUCAGGAAGUUAUAGCUUGGUCGCAAAUGGGUCUUCCAAAUGGACAAUGAUCCCAAGCAUACUUCCAAAGUUGUGGCAAAAUGGCUUAAGGACAACAAAUUCAAGGUAUUGGAGUGUCCAUCAAAAAGCCAUGACCUCAAUCCUAUAGAAAAUGUGUGGGCAGAACUGAAAAAGCGUAUGCGAGCAAGGAGGUCUAAAAACCUGACUCAGUUACACCAGCUCUGUCAGGAGGAAUGGGCCAAAAUUCACCCAAUUUAUUGUGGGAAGCUUGUGGAAGGCUACCUGAAACGUUUCACCCAAGUAAAAAAAUGUAAAGGCAAUGCUACCAAAUACUAAUUGUGUAUGUAAACUUCUGACCCACUGGGAAUGUGAUGAAAGAAAUAAAAGCUGAAAUAAAUCAUUCUCUCUACUAUUAUUCUGACAUUGCACAUUCUUAAAAUAAAUUGGUGAUCCUAACUGAUCUAAAACAGGGAACUUUUACUAGGAUUAAAUGUCAGGAAUUGUGAAAAUUGUGUAUUUGGCUAAGGUGUAUGUAAACUUCCGACUUCAACUGUAAUUGCAACAUUUUCUCUCCGGCUCAUUGGCAAAAUGUGUAGAAUUGCAGGAAAUGUACUUUAAAACAUACAUUUUUCUUAGGCACCCAAAAGGCUAACGCCGGCCCUGAUCAAGAACCAAAGGGAACCAGUUUACCCUGACAUAAGAGAACCGUGGUUCUACAAGUACAGCCAAACCAGAGUCAAAUGUUACGGUCACAAACACAUACCUCAAACAUGUUUCUGACUUGUUUCGGGUUUGUUCAUGAUCAUAUUCCAAUAAUAAGGCUAAUAUGGAGAAGAGCUCACAGAUAAAAUGAGCUCUGUGACAGAGAGCUAUGGCAUGCCAUCAUUCGGUACAUUGCACCGCCAUAAGCAAGUUAAGUAAGCAAGCAUAAAAUGGAAGUGAACCCCACUCCUGCCUACCUUCCCUUCUUAAAAACCUUCACUCCUGAUCUCCCUUGUACCACCUCACCCCAUUAUCCCCUCUUAGAACCCUCCAACCCGCUCUCCCCUCGUGGCCCCUCUUACCCCCCCCACCCUACCCUGAUCCUGACUGGACUGAUCCUGACCUCCUGGUGCGAUUCCAGACUGUAUCACAACCUGGCCAUGAUUGGGAGUCCCAUAGGGCGGCGCACAAUUUGCCAAGGGUCAUCCGGGUUUGGCCGGGGUAGGCCGUCAUUGUAAAUAAGAAUUUGCCUAGUUAAAUAAAGGUAAAAUAAAUAAAAAAUCUAAAUGGUAGCACAUAUAGUGAGCACACAUCACUCUUUCCACUUUGUCCUAUUGAAGCACACUGGCUAAUGGAGAAUGAUGAUGUAGUAUUUACAGCCACAUCUAUAUAUGAUUUGGUUUUACCUUCCAACAUAAAUGUAUGUGAAAUUGAUACAUUUAUGAGGUAAAAAUAUAGAAUUUUACAGUUCUCACCAGUUAUCAAACUAUAUACGUUAACUAUGCACUACAUCAUUUUGGUUAAGUAGUUAUCAGUUUUGAGCAGUAUGAUUUAGUGAUCAUUAAUUGUUUUGUUAUUAAUGACAAGAAAAUCAUAGCAAAAGUAAAGUGAAUGAUGCAUUUGUUAAAUGCAGAUACUGUACAUAGAUUGAAUAUGUAUCCAAAUUUAAAGAGUGAUUUGAUGGUGCAGGACAAGAGACACUUGGAAGUUGGAAGUUUCUGUAUUUCUCUGAAAGGCGAGCGAGAGAGAGAUGAGAGAGAGAGAAGAAGCGAGAGAGAGAGAGAGAGCGAGAGAGGAGAGAGAGAGAGAGACGCGAGAGAGGAGAGAGAGUAUAGAGAGCGAGAAAGAGAAAGAGAGAAAAGAGAGAAGAAGAAAGACGAUCGGUUAUAUCACGAACAUACCCAUCCCUCUCUCUCCCUCUCUAUCUCUCUCUCUCAUCUCUCUCUCUCUCUCUCUCUCUCUUCUCUCUCUCUCUCUCUCUCUCUACUCUCUCUCUCUCUAUCUAUCUCAUCUCUCUCUAUAUGUCGUCUUAUCAUUUUCAACCCUUAUCGAUGGAUGAAAGCAAGAAUAUACGGAGAGGGUGUGCAUUAUGGUGAUUAUUGGAACGACAUGAUGCGGUCGCUAGAAACGAGCCGCGAGUUCUGUCGGCCAAUAAUCGCCAUAACGCACACCCUCUCGUAUAUAUUAUUGCUAGCUGUGGUGUUGUGCUAGCCGUGGUGUUGUGCUCAAUAACACCAGUGCUGGAACGCACUUUUGACCAAUCCGAUUGCUUGGCCGGAACUAACCGUUUCAUAAUUCCCUGUAUUGUACAGAACACAGAGGAGGACAGCUACUACUAUGAGUAUCCUUACUAUGAGGACAUGGAUGGGAAGCCUUCUGAGACUGAGACGGACGAAGCAGCUGGACUUGCCACGGAAGACGUAAAAGUACUGUCCCCUGUCCAUUUGAAGGACUACCGUCUCUCUCCAGUUUAGCAUGGUGGGAGUGGGACUUCAGACCCUCCCCCAUCCUCAUCCCUUGUCUUAUUACGUAGUGAUUGUUGUUGAUGAUUGCUGUUGAUGCUAGCUGAGUAUGCUUUCUUGGCCAGAUCUCCCUGUGAAAAGCUUUUCUCUAACUCAGGUUAAUGUAAAUUAAUAACAUUAAACAAAGCCGUUGUUACGGCCAGUUGUAUAGGCUACAGUAUGUCCUUCUAACAUUGCGUUGUUUUCCUCUCCAGGUGUCCGUGCCAGAGAGCGGCCGUGUCGUCACCUCCGUCAAAGAGGUGGCGUCAUCAGUAAGGCAGACAGCCAGUCAGGGAGCCGAGGGCAAAGUGUUGACCAGUACCGCCACUGCUGAAGCCGCCGCUGCUGCUGGAGCUGGAGAGGACACCAGCCGUUACGACAACUACGAUACGGAAAGUUACGGCAACUAUGAGACGUACUACGACGAGUCGACGGCAGUGCCCGACGUCACUCGCAGGGUCACCAUCAGCAGUAGCAGCAUGGGGACGGGCGCAGGGGUGGAGCUGGACUUGGGGUUGGGGUCAAAGGUUGACCUGGGCACGGGGGCAGAGAUUGAGAAGGUCAUCACCACUAGUGGAGGAGUCACCAUCACACGCAACAAGACCUCAGUGAGUUAUCAUCAUCACAAACAAAAAAAUGCUGGGUAAAAAUAAUCAAUUUUGUGUAAAUAUUGGACACACGCAGGGUUAUUUUGACACAGCCAGUUGGGUCACUCAGUUGGGUUGUUGGGUUAUUGAUGCUGGGUUAUUGAGCUAUGACUCACUGGGUCAGAUCAGAAGACUCGAGGAGUGGCUUUCAUAUAGUUCUUUUUGGCCACCCGUGAGUGUAAUUUCAUUCCGGUUCAUCUGUCUGUUGAGCACUUUUGUAGCAUUUGUGAGUCUUUCCCAAGACUAUGAGUUUCUCAAGUGCCUAGGCAUGUCCCAAUGUUGGGAGAGUUACCACUGUUUUAAAAUGUAUUCUAAUAAUGUUAUUAAUGUUAUAUUAGAUUAUGUAAUGUGCAAAAAUAUUUUAGGAUACAUUUCAUUUGCAGUGAACAUGAAUUAUAUUUACUCUCACUGGUGGCCAAAAAUAACUAUAUUUAAGCCACACCGCCAAUAGGCCAUGCCUUCUGAAAAUCACCUUAUUACCCAAACAUGGCUUAAUUUAUUACUUGGGUUUAUAUUCACUUUCAUGCUCGGUUGACCCGUUGUAUAGGCCCUACAGGGUUUCCAAAAUCUUGGUCCUGGGGCCCCCCUUGGGUGCACGUUUUGGUUUUUACUCUAGCACUACACGGCUGAUUCAAAUAAUGAAAGCUAGAUGAUGAGUUGGUUAUUUGAAUCAGCUGUGUAGUGCUAGAGUAAAAACCAAAACGUACACCCAAGGUGGGCCCCAGGACUGAGUUUGGGAAACCCUGGACUAUAGGCUACAGUAUAAUGGGUAUUUUUUAAUGUGAUCCAUAGGCUUUUUUCAGGAGGCGUGGCCUAUUGGGGGUGUGGAAAUACAUUUACUCUCACAGUUGGACAAAAAUAUAUAUUAAAUCCACGCCCUUACUAAGCCAAAAUAACCCAACAUGUCUUGUGUCCACUAUUUACCCAGCGCUGGGUUGUUUUUAACCCAGCAUGUAUACUCACAUAGAACUACACGUGUGGAAAGCAGCUAUAGCAGGAGGAUAAGAUGAUUGUAGUUAUCUGUCAUUGUGUGCCAGUGUACUAUUCUCAUUGCAUCGCACUUCUGUAUCCUUUCCUCUCUGGUCUCUCAGGUUGCAACAGCCUACGAUGAGAACUAUGGCGAGGGCUAUGACCUGUCCUAUGGAGAGGGAGAGGAGGAUGAGUACAGUGUCGGCGGAGGUGACCGCGGCAGUAGAACCAGCAGUACUGUCGAAAUGGGUGCUGGUGGCGGAUCCGUAUCGGUCGGGGUUGGUUCUGUUUCCGUUGGGGGCGGUUCCGUCUCUGUGGGUGGAUCUGCCAGCGCCGGAGGCGGGGCGGCGAGCGCUGGGGCAGGAGCUGGAGCCGGAGCCGGAGCCGGAGCCGGAGCCAGAGGGGGAGCAGGGGGCCAGGGUGUGGCUAUUGAGGGAGAUUACACUGAUCUGGAGGGUGUUGGGUUUAAGGAGGAGUCCAUCUCUGAGUACGGGGACGAAGAUUAUGGCUAUGGAGACCUGGACUACGAUGGACAGGAGGAAAAGGUGCUGCCGGCAGAGACAGAUGAAUACUAUGGACAGGUAAUUAUGACUGAUGGUGGUGAUGAUGACGACGGUGGUGAUGAUGAUGAUGUUGAUGAUGAUGGUGUCAUCUGCAGGUUGAUGGGUCUCGAGGAGAGAAGGGGCAGAAGGGAGAGCCUGCUAUCAUUGAGCCUGUGAGUAUAAUUUCUCCUAUGUGUGUGUUUCACACGUGUGUGUGUGUGUGUGUCAGUGUGAGAGUGUGUUAAACAUGUGUGUGUGUGUGUGUCAGUGUGAGAGUGUGUAUUUCACAUCCAAGCCAUGAAAUAUCACACAUCACUGAUUGAGAGUCAUAUAACACAAACACACUGGUCUCGGCCCUCUGCAUCGUCAUUUUGUGUCCUGCAGCAAGGCCCACCUCUGGUCAAAGGGUAAACAUUUAGAGGAUGGUUACAUCCAGAGAUUGUGAAUGAUCAUCUGGUGUGUAAACACACUGUGGGCUAGCAUAAACACUGACCAGGGAGAGACCCGCUGGGAACAGAGGGGUAGAGCGAGAGAGAGAGAGAGAGAGAGAGAGAGAGAGAUAAACACCUCAUAGAUGGAAUGUAGCCAGCCCCUACUUGGGAUUUGAACCCAUGACAGUGUUAACCCGAGGAGCUAAAGCCACGGCUAUACCUCAAGGAUUUGAGUUCUCUACAUAGGUCUCUGGUACGCCAAUGUCAUCACUGGUAGCAAAUUAAUGUCUUGUGAUCCAAAGCAUCCACAUCAAGAAAUAUAUAUUCAUAAUGCAAUACCUCAAUCUAAACUGAGUCAAGGGAGUUUUGAAUCCCAUGACUUCAGAUCUAGUGAAUGGAGUCCCUAUAAUCAUCCACCUCUGCUUCAUUUAAACCGUUGUCACUAAGUGUGUGUGUUUGUGUGUGAGUGACUGAGCGUGUGUGUGUGUGUGUGUGUCCUACCACCCAGAAUGAGCCUGUGAGUCGUCCAUCUAGUUCAGAUUUGAACUAAACAAUGAGCAGAGCCCCCUCCAGUCCAAUCUCCAUGUGUCUGCAGUGACGACAUCCCCCCCCCCCCCCAGCCCACUUCCAGCCCCACCCUGGCUACUCACACAUACACACACUCCUCUAUCUGUUUACUGCUGUGAUCAGUCACUCUAAGCCUGGGUCAAACAUCCCAUACAUCUACUCCAAGUGUUUGACAGAUAGACACACUAUAGGAAAACAGUGAAGUAACCCCACACACACACACCUAUCCAUAAACACACAUAAAAAAAAAGGAACAUGUAUGGCUCUGGGAAUGUUAAAAAGUAGGGCAGUACAUUAUUUUGUUUUACUUGGAAAAUAGAUGUGGCUUGAAUGAGAUUAUGUGGGCUGCAGAAAAAAAUGCUGAAAUCACAUAAUUCCUACCAAGGCUUUAGUUGUGUCUACAUUAUGUGUUUCCAUUGUCACCACAACAAAGGAAACAAAAUGGAUGAAAAAGAAUGAUUCUUCAUUGUCAUCACAUAGGGGAUUUGCAUGUUCUUGUCACAAAGUCCUUAAAUACCUUUGUCAAAACACUUGAGCUAAUCUGUGAGUGUUUAUGAGUACACACCGCAGAGACAGAGACAGAGAUAGAAAGCUGCUGUUUUUAAGUGAGUCGUGGGCAAGGGUCAUGUUCAGAGAGACAAGGAGUGUUUACUAUGAGACCCCCCUAGUGACCUGAACAUCUCUAAUUUUGCAUUAGCAAAUUGGACAGAGAUAGAUCUCCUGGACAGCUUGAGUUCCUGUGUUCUCAUUACCCAUAGUCCCCUGCUCCAUGGGCAUGUUGAACAUGUUCCAUCAGCCUCCUUACUUUGUCCUGAUUAUUAUUUACCCUCUGCUGGUUCCUCCCAGAUUAAUGUGAAGUGCUAAAUGAAAUGACAAGCAGCAAUUUAUAUUACAUUACCCAACACUCCUGGAUGGAGAGUAGAUAUGCAGAAUGCGUCUGGACAUGUAUACAUAUGCGCACAUACUGAAGUGAUGCAUGCAUAUGAAUGAAUGAAUGAAUACACAGGGUAGCACACACACAGUCACACGCACGCGCGCGCAUGCAUGCACACACACACACACACACACACACAGCCAUCCAUCUCUCUGAUGUGGUUGUGUGGUUGGGGGGAAGGGAAGGCGGGGGGAGGGUACAGACCGGUUCGUGAAGGACCAAAAGAAGGAAAGCAGAUUCGAGUCUCGCGUCGGGAGGAGCAGAAAGAUCUCGUCUAUCCAGCUAUUAUAUCUCUUCUCUAGCGCAUCGCUCUAUCUAUCUCUCUCAUCGCUCUCCUCUCUCUCUCUCUCUCUCUCUCUCUCAUCUCUCUCUCUCUCUCCAUAUAUAUAAGAGCAAGUGUUCAUAAUGUUUUGUACACUAUAUAUAUAUAUAUAUUUCUACUAUUUUCUACAUUGUAUAAUAAUAGUGAAGACAUCAAAACUAUGAAAUAACACAUAUGGAAUCAUGUAGUAACCAAAAAAGUGUUGGGGUACUGUGUGUAGAUUGAUGAGGAAAUAAAACAAUUUAAUCAAUUUUAGAAUAAGGCUGUAACGUAACAAAAUGUGGAAAAAGUGAAGGGGUCUGAAUACUUUCCGAAUGAACUGUAUGUUGCUGCGUAAGUAGCAUUUUGCUGUGUGUGUGUAUGACUGUGAUUCUGUGUGUGUGUUUGUGCUUGCAUGGUGUGUGUGUAUGUGUGUGCCGUCCUCAUUGUCUGAUGAUAUGUAUUGUUGUGUACAGGGUCUCCCUGGACCCCCAGGUUCCUCCGGCCCCCCGGGCAGCCCCGGAGAAGCAGGAGAAAGGGUGAGUGACAAGGACCACAAACACAUCACAUAGCAACUGUUUCAAUAAAACCAAAAGGUAUAAAUCAAGGUAUUGAUAUACAGCAAGGUAUCAAUCAGUCACCACCAUUACCUGUGGUGACUGAACACCUAUAAAAGUUUAGUCCAGGUAAAUUAUGCCAGGAAUACAAAUGUGUCAGGUUUUGACAAAACUUGUACAUGUGUACAUUUUACCUUGUUGGAGUAAAUCCCCCACCCCCUUCUCUAUCUCUCUGUCUCAGGGUCCUAAUGGUCGUGCUGGUCUUCCUGGUGCUGAUGGUCUGCCAGGACCUCCAGGGACUGUCCUCAUGCUGCCUGUAAGUAAAUACUCUUAUACUACUAGUUCUAGAAUACACUGACCUAGAAUAAUGUCCCCAUGCUGCCUGUAAGUAAAUAACAUUAUCUGACACUUCAAGAAUAGACAGAUAUAGAUCAAGAACAUGAACCGUGUCUAAUAUUCAGUAAUAACACCUGUAUGUUUAUGCACGUGUACGUUUAUAAUUGUAUAUACUAUGUUGGCUUGUUGGCUAUUGUGUGUAUGUAUUUGUCUUUGUCUGGCAGACUCUCUUCUAAUUCUUCCAUCCUAAUCAUGUCCCUUUCUGUAACGCUGUUCUCAAGCUGUCUGCACUUCAGACAAGGCUAAUCCUCUCUUCUCUUCAUUGCAUUAUCCAACCCUUUAUUUCGUAGAAUGCUGUUAAUAUCGAAUCAGAGUUCUGUGGGGUUUGGGUCACAGUGUCCUGACCUGUGUAUGAAGUUAGCUAUGUGUGAUGUGUGUUUUAUUGUGUCGGAGGGGUUUAGAGAUCUCUGUUCUGGAAUGCAGGGAGGGAGUCUCCUUCUGAAUCAAAUACUCUUCCUCUCUGGUCCUGCCCCAUAAAUAGAUAAUCCAAUCAGAGAAUGCUCUGCUAUAGGUCAGCACUCUAGCACCUCCUAGUUGAAGCUUUAGGAGGCUGUGGUUCCGCUGUCAUUCAGACUCACUCUCUUCCCUAUACCUUGUCCCUCAUUUCCCCUCUCUUCUCCCCUUCUUACUAAUGAGAUAACUACCUCACACUACUCCCCAAUCCCCAGCCCCCAGCCGCCACCUUCCUCUUGUCUUCAGACUCCAGCCCAAUUGACAGAUAUAGGAGUCUUACAGGAAGUCCUCCAGCCUCAGACAGGAAGUAGAGUAGGUCUAAGUGUUCCUUCCUGUGAUCACAGCUGCUAUGGCUAAAGUGAAUAACUAGCCUUCCUGUUUCUUCUGCUGCUGAGUCUUCUGCUUUACUCCUGCUGCUGAUGCAGCUGCUGAGUGUGAUGACUUGUCCAGAUGUCCUGCUGAAGUCUCAGGAGACCGCUGAGCGGAGAGAGCCGUCUAGGAAAGCUGUGUGUGUCAGGCCAACGUGUCUGGACAUGAACUUAGCCUAGUCUGGUCAAGGUGCAACAGUAAAACACAGGACCUUUUAAAUGUGGUCCUUUUGUUAAAACAUAAUGAGAGCUUACAUUUUAGUAAUUUAGCAGACCCUCUUGUCUAGAGCGACUUACAGUUAGUACAUCUUAAGAUAGCUAGGUGGGACAACCACAUGCCUUAUAACUCAGCCUUAUAGCUAUGCAUUAUACCUUUUUUUAUUAGGUGUAGUUGUGAACAAUAGCCAUAUCAACACAUUCAAUCGAAUCGUCUAAUCGGCCAAAUAUAGGUAUGUUUGAUUGUGGAGAGUUGGAUAGUGUGCUUGGAAGUUAGGCAGUAAGACCCUAUUUUUGUGCCCCAGGUUUCUGAUCGGUCACAUUCUCUCGCUCGCUCUCUCGCUCUCUGGGCAUGGUUAGAUUUUCUGUGUCAUGGUUUGGUUUGAUUGAGAGUGGUGGAAUGGUGAGGCUCUCCAGGGACAUUGUGAUUUUUAUUUAGUUUAGUUUGUCCCUGGUAUUGUUACACUAAAUUUGGUGCUGGCAGAGCAUUUUGUGCACCCUGGGACUGUAUUAUGGAGGAAUUUCCAAAGUGUAUCUCACAGUUUACCUGGGAGAGAGGGAGACCGGGGGAGGGAGAGAGAGAAUGUAGUAGUGAGAAAAAAAAGGGUAAACUGGGUAAGAUGAAGCGAGAGAUCAAAAGAACGAGAGAGAGAGAGAGAGAGAGAGAGAGAGAGAGAGAGAGAGAGAGAGAGAGAGAGAGAGAGAGAGAGAGAGAGAGAGAAAAGGGGAGAGAGAGAGAGAGAGAGAGAGAGAGAUCAACUUUGAGGUUUACUGGGAAGAAAGGGGAAAGACUGACAGUUGUCAAGAUUGACAGAGAAAAAUAUUAUGAAAGAUAGCCUAGCUAGAGAGAUGUCACUGUGUUGAAGAAAGUGAGGUUUGCCAGCUUCAUGCAAUCCUGUGUUCAAUAUGAUUUUUUCCCUAUAUACAUAAUAACAAGGUCACGGUUGUGGUACAAACCCUCCCCACUGUUGUGUUAUUCAGUCCAACAGUAACAGCAACAGAAACACAUCUCUAUUGGAUGAUUCAACUCCAGAUGUUGGUAAAGAAAAUCCUGGUUGCACUACGCACAUGUCACCACUAGAUGCCAGUAUAGGCAUGUGGAUGGGGAAAAGGACCAUAGCUAAGUAUAAGGUUUUUGCAACUGAGUAGUUUUAAUGCAAGACAAGCCUGAAUUUGAAUGUAUGUUUUUUUAGAAUUGCUUUUUUUGAAUAAUACAUAUUUUGAUUUAUUUAGACAUUAUUUUUGAAGAUGAGCUAUUUUAGCCUGUAAGCUGACUUGACAUUUUCUUAACCCGUUGGGGUCUCUAUUAUAUUCUUACUCUCUGCCUUGUCUGUCUCUUUGUCCAUGUACCUGUAUCUGCUUGCGCUGAACUUUCCUCAUCUGUGUUGCCAGAGAUGGACAGGGGUUUCAUCCCACUGGGCACAGACGUCAGUUCAACGUCUAGUUUCAUUUUCAAGUUUCAAGUUUUAAUGUCACGUGCACAAGUACAGUGAAAUGCCUUUCUUGCAAGCUCCAAACCCAACAAUGCAGUAAUCAAUAUCAAUGUAGCACUAAAAAUAACAUCAGGUAGAACAAAAACAUGAGAAAUAAAAACAAGAAAUAAGAAGAACACAAGAAAGUAUGAAGCUAUAUACAGGGUCAGUUCCAGUACCAUAUUUACAAUGUGCAGGGAUACUGGAGUGGUAGAAGUAGAUAUGUAUAGGGGUCAGGAUAUAUGAUAAACAGAGUAGCAGUAGCGUAAAUUAUGAUUGUAUGUGAGUGUGCGUGUGUAGUCAGUAUAAAUGUGUAUGCAUGUUAUGUGUGUGUGUUGGAGAGUCCAUGUGUGUGAGUGUGCAUAGAGACAGUGCAAAAAUUAAAAUGUAAUACAAGUCUGUGUAGCCAUUCUGUUAGUUAUUUAGCAGUCUUAUGGCAUGGGGAUAGAAGCUGUUCACGAGCCUGUUGGUGUCAGACUUACCGACCCUCUGUAGCGCCAUAGAGGGCGGUGCUGUUGCUAUACCAAGCAGUGAUGCAGCCAGUCAAGAUGCUCUCAAUUGUGCAGCUGUAUACCUUUUGAGGAUCUGAGGGCCCAUGCCAAACCUUUUCAACCUCCUGAGGGGGAAGGGGCGCUGUCGUGCCUUCUUCAUGACUGUGCGUGUGUGAGUGGACCAUUUAAAGUCCUCAGUGAUUUGGUCACCGAGGAAACUUGUAGCUCUCGACUCUGUUGAUAUGGAUGGGGGCAUGCUGUUUCCUGUAGUCCACAAUCAGCUCCUUGGUCUUGCUGACGUUGAGGGAGAGGAUGUUGUCCCGGCACCACACUGCCAGGUCACUGACCUCCUCCUUGUAGGCUGUCUAAUUCUUUCCGGUGAUCAAGCAUACCACUGUCGUGUAGUCAGCAAACUUGAUGAUGGUGUUGGAGUCGUGCGUAGCCACGCAGUCGUGGGUGAACAGGGAGUACAGGAGUGGACUAAGCACACACCCCUGUGGAGCCCCUGUGUUGAAGAUCAGCGUGGCGGAGGUGAUGUUUACAUUUUUACAUUUUAGUCAUUUAGCAGACGCUCUUAUCCAGAGCGACUUACAGUUAGUGAGUGCAUACAUUUUCAUACUGAUGUUGCCUACCCUCACCAUCUGGGGUCGACCCAUCAGGAUCCUUUCAGAGGGAGGUGUUCAGUCCCAGGGUCCUAAGCUUGGUGACGAGCUUGGAAGAGACAAUGGUGUUGAACGCUGAGCUGUAGUCAAUGAACAGCACUCUCACAUACUGUAGGUAUUCCUCUUAGCUAGGUGGGCGGGGCAGUGUGGAGUGCAAUUGAGAUUGCGUUGUCUAUGGAUCUUUUUGGGCUGGGUCUUCCUUUGUAAUCUGUAAUAGACUGUCCCCUGCCACAUGUGUAAUAAGAUUCCACCUAUAUUGUCCUUUUGCUCUUUUGACGACUGCAGAGACUUCCUGUACUUGUUCCUGUCCUCAGCUGUAGCCUCAUGGUUGUCUGCAAUAGCCUUGUGUGCGGUAGCCCUGUCCUUUAGUUUAGCGCCAACCUCGGUGUUAAUCCAGGGCUUUUGAUUGGGGAAGCAGUGAACCUUCACUGUGGGGACAACGUCGGCCAUGCAUUUACUUAUGAGCCCGGUGACGGAGGUGGUUAGCUUAGUUUUCAUUUACAUAGCUUAACUUAGUUUGGAAUUACGUUUGGUUGAGUUGUCAACUAACGUGAAUUCAACGUGAAAUCAGCAAAACAUUUCACCACGUCAUUGGAUUUAGGUUCAAAGUUGGGUAAAAAAGACAAAAUGACCUUAUGUUGAUGACUUUUUGCACAUCCAAUCGCGUUGAUUCAACAUAAUCACAUAGAUUUUUUUGGUUGAAAUGAUGUUGAAACAACGUUGAUUCACCCCAUUUUUGCCCAGUGGGAUGGGUCUGAUUCUUGGUUCUGAGUUCUGCUUUUCUCCUCAGUUCCGGUUCAGUUCUGGAGGAGACUCUGGACAGAAGGGACCUCAGGUGUCUGCUCAGGAGGCCCAGAUGCAAGCCAUCAUGCAACAGGCCAGGGUAAGGAUUACACACACGCACACACACACACACACACACACCAUUUUGUAUCUCUCUUACAGUGCUGUUUUCUCUCUCCAGCUGGCGAUGCGCGGUCCUACUGGCCCUAUGGGUUUGACUGGUAGAACUGGUCCUCUGGUAUGUACCAAAGUCUUCCUCAGUUUCCCCUCACACACACACACAAACACACACCCCUGUCACAGACACAGCCUGAGGAAAAAUAAUAAUGCUCAUAGUUGAUAAGAUCCUAUUAAAUUGUAAUUCAGAUGCUACAAAAAUAAUAGUGUUUGGACUGUGGCCUGAUCUGGGUCUACCAUGACCUUUGUGUGACCUUUGUGUUUGUCCUCCUCCCAGGGUUCUCCAGGUGUGUCUGGACUGAAGGGAGAUUCUGGAGAGUCCGGUCCUCAGGUAAGACAGAUGGAAGGUUCUAGACGACUAGAACCACUGAAGGUUCUAUACCACUAAAACCACUAGAACAACUAUCCUGUCAUUACCUGAGUUCAGGGCUAUGCUAUAAACACAACUUACUUUGGUUAUUUUAUUAGGGCUCAUUUUGGGGGGGAUUCUGUGGUAGGGUUCUCUUGUUGGGUUCUCCAGUAACAUUCUUGAUUGUUUCAGGGACCUCGUGGACCAAUGGGUUCUCAUGGACCCACUGGGAAGCCUGGCAGAAGGGUAAGUGUAAUUGGGAGUCUUGCACAGGAAUUUUAGUUUGGCGUGCAGAUUAGGAUUGUUUUGAAUGUAUUGUAUCGCUCUUGUGUUGUAUGUUCACGCUGACUACUUCCUGCUGACCUCUUGACAGGUUCCCCUCGCAAAAGGUUUCUAACCUCAAAGGUCUUUACUGGUUAAAUAAAUGUUAAAUAAAAAAUGAAUAAAUAAAAAGGAUUGUGCCCUUCAGGAAGCAGGGUGAAGUGGGUGAAUUGUAAGUGUAACUUUUGAUGGGUGUUGUAAUGUCUAUAUAUUCUGUGUUUCCAGGGACGUGCUGGAUCUGAUGGAGCCAGAGGCAUGCCUGGUCAGACCGGAACCAAGGGAGACAGAGGGUUCGAUGGUUUAGCCGGACUGCCUGGAGAGAAGGGACAAAGAGUAAGUCACACCCCUUUAAAAAAAAAAUCGACAUUGUAUUUUCUAGUCCAGUGUAUGUGUGUCUUUGCCAGUGUGAUUGUCUGUGUGUGUGUGUCACUGAUCUGUAUUAUGUCGGUUCAUUUAGGGUGAAGCUGGACCCCAUGGACCUCCCGGACCCACAGGAGAGGAUGGAGAGAGAGUAAGCACCACCACACGUCCUAUCUCCCUCCCGACAUCUCUUAUCAUCUCUACCCAAUUUCUAUCGCUCUCUAUUUCUCCAUCCUCCCACUCUGUGUGUGUGUGUGUACUCGUCCGCAAGUAAGUAUGUCCGUGUGGUGUGUGUGUGUGUGUGUCCAUUUGUGUGAUUAGUAAGUGUGUGUGAUCUAAGUGUCUGCCGUCAGUCAUGUAAAUUAGCCUCCUCCGCACACAUCUCUCAUCUCACACCAUCACUCACUCCCCACUUGACUCAACCUACUGCACUACAGAAAAUGUAGUGUACAUCUGUCCUCUCCUCCUUUCUGCUUCUUUCAUACCUACUCUCUCCUCUACUCCAACCUCCCACUUCCUGUUCUGAUCAUGAAACUUCAUGUCUUCAGGGAGACGAUGGAGAGAUCGGGCCACGGGGUCUGCCUGGUGAGCCAGUAAGUGUUGACCUUUUUAAGAUGUCCACCACCUUGUCAUUGUGACACUUACAUCUCAAUAAAGCAUGUGUUGACAUAUACAUUCUAGAAACAGGGUUUGUACAUAAAGUCCAGCUUAUGGUAUAUGUACACAGUUUUUUUGUACACAGGUUUAGUUACUUAGCUCGCUACCGUAUAUAUGAAUCUCAGAGGGUAGAUUACUCUUGUUCACAGCCUGCUGUCCUCAUGGCUGGUGGACAGGCUCCUAUAUGUCUACGGACAAGCUUCCCUUCCUCUCUGACAGGAAUUCCCCUGUGGAGAGGAGAAAUGAGACAGGCAGAGAGGAAGAGCGUUAGAGGAAGAAAAAGACUGGGAGAGAAUCAUUAGUGGUAAAUUGUGUGGUGCAGUAUUUCAGACACACCACCAGGGGGUGGUACACCACUUGUUUUCUCAGACAUACUUGCUGUGAGAGGAAAGCACAUUGAGCUAUGGCACUACGAUACAACUGAGAGCAUUGAAAAGAGCAGACAUCAAAGAAUAGUGAAAUCAAUCUAGGAUGGUACAGAGAGAUUCAAGAAGCCUCAAGCACGCUUUAGAUGAAAAUCCAUUAUUCAUUGUUGUGACAAGCUAUUUUAUAAACAUAAUUUAUCUACAUUUAUCAAAAUUCUAUAUUUAUUUGAUAACUUUUGAAAAGGAUCAUGGUGUUGAUGUUGUUUGAAACAUAUUUUGAUAAAUUGUUUCUCUCUCUCUCCAGGGACCUCGUGGUUUGCUGGGACCAAAGGGGCCUCAGGGACCUCCCGGACAGCUUGUGAGUUUAGAACGCACGCACGCACACACACACACACACAUGCGCGCUCGCGCAAGCACACACACACACACACACACAGUCACACACACUUUCAUUUCACACUCAAAUUCAGAUACAGAUUUAGCAGAUACAUCAUCCCCAUAGAGGGAAUUCAUUUCUCCAGCUCAUAGCAAAACGAACAAAAGACAGUACAAACAAAACAAAAAUGAUGUUUUAUUGUCACAUACACCGAAUAGGUGCAGUGAAAUGUGUUGUUUUACAGGGUCAGCCAUAGUAGUACGGCUCCCCUGGAGCAAAUUAGGGUUAAGUGCCUUGCUCAAGGGCACAUCGACAGAUUUAUCACGACACCCACAGGGAAAUACCACAUACAAUACCUCAACUACAUCACAGGAGGUUGGUGGUACCUUAAUUGGGGAGGACGGGCUCUUGGUAAUGGCUGGAGCGGAAUUUGUGGGAUGGUAUCAAAUGCAUCAAAAACAUGGUUUCCAUUUGCUUGAUGCCAUUCCAUUUGCUCCGUUCCAGACAUUAUUCUGAGCCGUCCUCAGCAGCCUCCUGUGCACUUCAUACAUCAGAUGAUAAGAAGGGCUAUGGCUGUAGAUAUGAAGCUAUUUAUGUCUCCCACUUUACCUUCUCUAGAUCAUUUGAUGUGAGGGAAAUCUCCCCUUUUUCCGAUAGCAUGUUGGUUCAGAUUGGUGAAGGUAAUUGAUAUGGUAAAGUGCACCCAGAAGACUGCAGGAAACUCUACCUACGAUGUAUAUCUCAGUCUAUCACUGAAGCACUCCCCAUCUUUAUAUCCUUAUUCUCUGUGUAUUAACCUGAGUGUGUGCUUUAUGCAUUGAAUAGAGGCUUCAUCUCAUCUGACUGUGUGUUGCAGGGUGUGACUGGAAUGGAUGGCCACCCUGGACCCAAAGGAAACAUUGUAAGUACUGUAGCAGUGUGUAGAAACGAUCAGCUCAAUUUGCUUCUGGCACACACCUCUCACACACACACUGUCUCGAUCUAUCCCCCAGGCUCAAACCAUUACCUUACCUUGCUUCCAGUCUAUUUCCCCAUCAAAUGCACACUACUGUUGUUGCAUAAAGACUCAUUUACUUACUCCCACACUCCCACAUUGUGAAGACUCUCUUGUCAUCUAAUGAAGAAUAGACCGAGUGUACUGAGUCCUGUUAGAGUCAAGUCCUCAAUGGCCAUCUGUGUUAUUCCGGGACCAUUUUGUAGGAGCAGUGUAUCCGUAAUGAGAGAAUGCCUGGCUGGAGAAGACAGUGUCUCCGCUGGGGAUGCUCCAAUUAGGGAGAGAGAUGGAAGAUCCACAGUCUUUUCCCAGCCGCUCCGAACAGGGAACGUAAUUGAUUGUCAAUUAUCUGGGAGGCGAGGUGUUUGAGUUUGAGGUUCAGCAGUUACUUUCAUUAGGAGAGAGAGUGUGUGUGUGGGAGGUGUUUAUGUGUUUGUUUGAAAGAGAGAGGUUGAGAGCGAGAGGUGUGUGUGUGUGUGCAUGCGUGCAUGCGUGUGUGUGUGUGUGUGUGUGUGUGUGCGUGUGUGUGUGUGUGUGUGUGUGUGUGCAUGUGUGUGCGUGUGUGCGUGUGUGUGUGUGUGUGUGUGUGUGUGUGUGUGUGUGUGCGCGUGUGUGUGUGUGUGUGUGUGUGUGUGUGUGUGUGUGUGUGUGUGUGUGUGUGUGUGUGUGUGUGUGUGUGUGUAUGCGUGCAUGUGUGUUCCCUCCAGCUAGAAAAGGCUGUGUGGUAGAAAGUAAUAAUGUAGUGAUAUUGACUCAAUCAAGUCCACUCACUACACUACAUUCUUCAUUAAUUUAUACUCAGCUAUAUUUGGGUGCCGGUAUUUAGUCGUCUACCUCUUAAACCUGCUCUGUCCACAUAUAUCAGACUUACACCUAGUGAUGUCCUGUGGAUGAAUGUAAACUAGGUGUUUUCUCCUUCAUAGGGACCCCAAGGAGAGCCUGGCCCCAAUGGACAGCAAGGAAACCCUGGUGCUCAGGUCAGUAUUACAUUUACAUCAUUUAGCAGACGCUCUUAUCCAGCGCGACUUACAAAUUGAUCAUCUUAGGAUUCCUAUUGGACAGGGUAGUAUCCCGAGUGGCGCAGUGGUCUAAGGCACUGCAUCGCAGCGCUAGCUGUGCCACUAGAGAUCCUGGAUCGAAUCUUGGUUCUGUCGUGACUGGGAGACCCAUGGGGCAGCGCACAAUUGGCCCAGGGUAGGGGAGGGAAUGGCCGGCAGGGAUGUAGCUCAGUUGGUAGAGCAUGGCGUUUGCAAUGCCAGGGUUGUGAGUUUGAUUCCCACGGGGGGCCAGUAUGAAAAAAUUGGUAUAUAUUGAAACAUUUUGUAUAUCUAACUGUAAGUCGCUCUGGAUAAGAGCGUCUGCUAAAUGACUAAAAUGUAAAAUGUAUGAGAUUACAGCCUUCAUUUGGUUUGUCAUUGUAUGGUCAUGCCCAAUAUGGCAUUUUGACAUUAGUCCAUUGGUUGGAUUGUCUGUCACUCUUGGACGUUCCUGUCUCAUCCUCCAAUGAGUUUAUAUUGACAAUGUCCUUCCUCUCUCUCUCUACAGGGACUUCCAGGUCCUCAGGGAGCCAUCGGGCCCCCAGGAGAGAAGGUAGCCCUGGCCCCUGGCCACUGAAACAUAUAACUACACCAUUGUGUGAUGUGAACAGUAUUGUGACCCUACUGUCUUAUACUCCACUGUAUGUCUGUCUGUCAUCUGAGUAUUUCUGACUUCCCCUCUCUCCUCCUCUGCUCUCCUCAGGGUCCUACCGGAAAACCAGGACUGGCAGGAAUGCCCGGAGCUGACGGACCCCCGGUAAGUGUGUGAACUAACUAUCCAGAACACACUACCCACCUCCUCGCAGGGAACAUCUGUGCUAUCGCCAGGUGGUCCUUGGAAGAUGGCAGGUGGUGGGUGGGAGAGAGAGAGAGGAAUGUGUGUGCAUGUGACAGACAGCGUGAGAAAGUGAGUGUGAGAAAGAGUGGAAGUAAGAAAGACGGAAUGGAAGAGAGAGAUAGCUAGAUGAGAGCAGCGUCUGUCGCUGUAUUCCCCCAAGAAGCCCCAUGAUCCUCCUUGGCUUUGAUAUCUAUGUAGAGUGGUAAUGCCACUCUCUCCCUCUUUCAUCUCCCUUCUUCUCCCUCUCUCCCCUUUUCUCUGUUCUAUUAGUCUCCACCCCCCCCCCCUCCACCCCCCUCUCUCAUCUCUGAAACCAUAUAAUUUGAUAGUUAUGCCACUCUCUUCCCCUCUUUUUUCGGUCGACUUCUAUUUUCUGCCACUUAAGUCUCCAUCCAUCCCUCUCUCUCUCUCUUUCUCUCCUUUCUGAAACCCUAUCAGUGGACAGCUUUGUUAUCAGCUUUGUCAUCUCAAGGGAACAUAAUCAAUUUCCCUCAGACCUUUUUCACUCAACAUGCUAAAUAGUGUGUGUGUGUGUGCUGUGUGUGUGUGUUCUUCCAAGAGUAUUGAAACUGAAAACUCUUUUCUUAAAGAGGUUCUAUAAUAUCCCAUAGUGCUUGUAAAAUACUGGGCAUUAAAGAGACAUCCCAAAUGAGAUUGAACUCUGAAGGCUUUUAUUCCAAAUGGCCUUUUCCACUAUCAUACAGUACAUCCUGGCUUUGUUUUAUUGUGUAAUAGGAGUAAAAUAUUUAUGAUCGAAUGCUAAUGAUCCUGGGUCUACUGUUAAUUUUGCUGUUAAUAAUUCAUAGGGUCACCCUGGAAAGGAAGGACCCAAUGGAGAGAAAGGACAUUUGGUAAGCUUCUUCUCUCUUUAUAGGUAUUAUGUUCUUGUUCAUUAUCUUUUUUAUAGGAUCUGUUUCUCCCUUUGUCUUUUACUUGUAGUUCUUGCUCUCUCUUUCUCUCUGAUUCUCUCUCUUUUCUCUCUCUCUCUGUAUCGCUCUCUCUGUAUAUCUCUCUCUCUUCUCACUCACUGUAUUUUUUGCUCGUAUUCUUCACCUGGAUUUGCAUAUAGAAUUUACAUUAAUGUAAAUGACUCUCUGUAACAAGCUUCUAUCCACACAUGUAUCAUCCUGCAGGGUCCCAGUGGCCCUCAAGGCCCAAUCGGUUAUCCCGGGCCCCGAGGCGUGAAGGUGAGUUUUACGCCCCAACGUCUCAUCUGCCCCAUGGCCUAAUUCACUCCUAAUACACUACCCCAUCCUUAGAGCACAUUAUAUCAAUGGAACUCUCCCAUUGGUCUGAUCUGUCAUUAGGUAAAGCAGUAUAAUUCUUAGUCCCACUGUCUUUUGAAUGCUAUUGUAUAAUGAACUGAAACUGAACUUAGUAUGCAUUAAAAUAGGCCUAGUUAACGGUUAUGCUGUUUCAUAAUAUUAGAGUAGGAUUUUGGACUGAACAAAACCCCAUCUGUGACAUGCGCAUGGAGUCAAUAUUACAGCAAAUCACAAACCUGUUUUCCCCCAAUUACCUUCUGUUACCAGAAGUACUUAUUUAGGCUCAUAUAUCCACACGACAAGUGGGUAAACCAGCGCAGCUAAAGUAGUUUGAGCCCAUUGAUUAAGUGUUGAGGUUAAUCUAUGUAAAGUUCAUCAUAACUCAGUUGAGAGGGUCAGGGUUGAUGGGUCGGGUGGCUGAGCUAAGCAUGCGUGGCUGUAGCUCACACUCACACUCUCGCUAUGGCCCUGGGAGUGAUCACACUGCCUCUUGACCCUCAGUAAUAACUAGCUGAUUUAAGCAGAGACACAUGAAGGCAAGAGGACUCACAUCAAAUGGCCCUUGCAGAGAGGGGUUAAGGGGCCAAAUGAAUUACACCACCCACUGAUUGUGUGUGUGAGACUGGUGCAUGCUUAUGGCUCAUAGCUCUUGGCGUGUGCUCUCCAAAGCGUUCCCCACGGAUAGUGUUAGAGAGAACAGGCUCUGUGACUGAUCCUGCUUUAAUGAAAGGACAACCAAUGGGAUAAAAGAUAGAUAAAGGAGGAGGAUGCUAUUUGUUUCCAGCGCCACAGGGUACCAUCAAUUCUGCUCCUAUACUAUGAAGUUCCACCCCAAGCUAAUAGCUUUGUUAUCAUAGAGCUCCAAUCGUUAUCAUUCUUUAUAGAGUUUAAUGAGACAUGGCAUAUUUACAGUUGAAGUCGGAAGUUUACAUACACUUAGGUUGGAGUCAUUAAAACUCGUUUUUCAACCACUCCACAAAAGUCUUGUUAACAAACUAUAGUUUUGGCAAGUCGGUUAGGACAUCUACUUUGUGCAUGACACAAGUAAUUUUCACAACAAUUGUUUACAAUUAUUUCACUUAGAAUUCACUGUAUCACAAUUCCAGUGGGUCAGAAGUUUACAUACACUAAGUUGACUGUGCCUUUAAACAGCUUGGAAAAUUCCAGAAAAUGAUGUCAUGGCUUUAGAAGCUUCUGAUAGGCUAAUUGACAUCAUUUGAGUCAAUUGGAGGUGUACUCUGGAUGUAUUUCAAGGCCUACCUUCAAACUCAGUGCCUCUUUACUUGACAUCAUGGGAAAAUCAAAAGAAAUCAGCCAAGACCUCAGAAUUUUUUUUGUAGACCUCCACAAGUCUGGUUCAUCCUUGGGAGCAAUUUCCAAACGCCUGAAGGUACCACGUUCAUCUGUACAAACAAUAGUACGCAAGUAUAAACACCAUGGGACCACGCAGCCAUCAUACCUCUCAGGAAGGAGAUGCGUUCUGUCUCCUAGAGAUGAACGUACUUUGGUGCGAAAAGUGCAAAUCAAUCCCAGAACAACAGCAAAGGACCUUGUGAAGAUGCUGUAGGAAAUAGGUACAAAAGUAUCUAUAUCCACAGUAAAACGAGUCCUAUAUCGACAUAACCUUGAUAGGCCGCUCAGCAAGGAAGAAGCCACUGCUCCAAAACCACCAUAAAAAAGCAAGACUACGGUUUGCAACUGCACAUGGGGACAAAGAUUGUACUUUUUGGAGAAAUGUCCUCUGGUCUGAUGAAACAAAAAUAGAACUGUUUGACCAUAAUGACCAUCGUUAUGUUUGGAGGAAAAAGGGGGUCCCUGCAAGCUGAUGAACACCAUCCCAACUGUGAAGCACAGGGGUGGCAGCAUCAUGCUGUGGGGGUGCUUUGCUGCAGGAGGGUCUGGUGCACUUCACAAAAUAGAUGGCAUCAUGAGGAAGGAAAAUGAUGUGGAUAUAUUGAAGCAACAUCUCAAGACAUCAGUCAGGAAGUUAAAGCUUGGUCGCAAAUGGGUCAUCCAAAUGAUGAAAGAAAUAAAAGCUGAAAUAAAUCAUUCUCUCUACUAUUAUUCUGACAUUUCACAUUCUUAAAAUAAAGUGGUGAUCCUAACUGACCUAAGACAGGGAAUUUGUGCUAGGAUUAAAUGACAAAAUUGUGAAAAACUGAUAUUAAAUGUAUUUGGCUAAGGUGUAUGUAAACAUCCGACUUCAACUGUAGUUAUCUUUCAGCCUUAGUUGAGUGUGUUAGUAUUUUAAGCAUUCAGAUUAAGUUCAGUGUUGAUACUAAUGAAGCCCCAGUUGGUAGAGUGUGGUUGAUGUUGGCUGAAAGCACCGUGCUUCAGACAUACUUGCUCUCUAAUCUCUGUCUCUCCCUGUCUCUCUCUCCCUCUCACCCCCUCUCUCUCUCUCUCUCUCUUUCGCUCUGUCUCUCUCUCUCUCUCUCUCUCUCUCUCUCUCUUUCGCUCUCUCUCUCUCUCUCUCUCUCUCUCUCUCUCUCUCUCUCUCUCUCUCUCUCUCUCUCUCUCUCUCUCUCUCUCUCUCUCUCUCUCUCUCUCUCUCUCUGUCUCUCUGUCUCUCUCUGUCUCUCUCUGUCUCUCUGCCUACCAGGGAGCCGAUGGUGUACGAGGCCUGAAAGGAGGAAAGGGCGAAAAGGUACAAAAUUAGCAUGUGUGUCUGAUCUCUCCCUUCUGUUAGAGUGCUCAAAUAAAAAAUGCAUCAGUCACACAUGAUAAUAAUGAUAGUGAUGAUGGUUCUAACAAUGAUGGUGAUGAUGAAGGUGAUUAUGAUUAUGAAAAACCAAAGUUCCAAAGGCUGGGCCUAAUAUUGUGUAUAAGAGGUCAUACAAUACGUUUUGUAGUGAUUCCUAUGUUGUAAAUGUGAUGUAAAUAAUAUUUGUUGGUCCGUGGUGUGUAAUGAGGAGCAAACAGACACUGCACUUGACACAUUUAUGAAAUUGCUUAUUCCAGUUACUAAUAAGCAUGCACCCAUUAAGAAAAUGACUGUAAAAACUGUUAAAUCCCAGUGGAUUGGUGAGGAAUUUAAAAAAUGGUAUGGUUGAGAGGGAUGAGGCAAAAGGAAUGGAAAAUAAGUCUGGCUGCACAACCGAUUGGCAAAUGUAUAGCAAAUUGAGAAAUCAUGUGACUAAACUGAAUAAAAAGAAGAAGAAACUACACUAUGAAACAAGGAUAAAUGACAUAAAGAAUGAUAGGAAAAAGCUUUGGAGCACCUUAAAUUACAUUUUGGGAAAAAAGACAAACUCAGCUCCAUCAUUCAUGGAAUCAGAUGGCUCAUUCAUCACAAAACCAACUGAUAUUACCAACUACUUUAAUAAUUUUUUCAUUGGCAAGAUUAGCAAACUUAUGCAUGACAUGCCAGCAACAAACGCUGACACUACACAUCCAAGUAUAUCUGACCAAAUUAUGAAAGACAAGCACUGUAAUUUUGAAUUCCGUAAAGUGAGUGUGGAAGAGGUGAAAAAAGUAUUGUUGUCUAUCAACUAUGACAAUCCACCGGGGUCUGACAACUUGGAUGGAAAAUUACUGAGGAUAAUAGUGGACGAUAUUGCCACUCCUAUUUGCCAUAUUUUCAAUUUAAGCCUACUAGAAUGUGUGUGCCCCCAGGCUUGGAGGGAAGCAAAAGUCAUUCCGUACCUAACAAUAGUAAAGCCCCCUUUACUGGCUCAAAUAGCCGACCAAUCAGCCUGUUACCAACCCUUAGUAAACUUUUAGAUAUUUUUUUUGACCAGAUAAAAUGCUAUUUUACAGUAAACAAAUUGACAACAAACUUUAAGCAUGCUUAUAGGGAAGGACAUUCAACAUGCACAGCACUUACACAAAUGACUGAUGAUUGGCUGAGAGAAAUUGAUGAUAAAAAGAUUGUGGGGGCUGUUCUGUUUGACUUCAGUGCGGCUUUUGACAUUAUUGAUCAUAGUCUGCUGCUGGAAAAAUUUAUGUGUUAUGGCUUUAAACCCCCUGCUAUAUUGUGGAUAAAGAGUUAACUGUCUAACAGAACACAGAAGGUGUUCUUUAAUGGAAGCCUCUCCAACAUAAUCCAGGUAGAAUCAGGAAUUCCCCAGGGCAGCUGUCUAGGCACAUUACUCUUUUCAAUCUUUACUAAUGACAUGCCACUGGCUUUGAGUAAAGCCAGUGUCUAUGUAUGCGGAUGACUCAACUCUAUACAUGUCAGCUACUACAGCGACUGAAAUGACUGCAACACUUAACAAAGAGUUGCAGUUAGUUUCAGAGUGGGUGGUAAGGAAUUAGUUAGUCCUAAAUAUUUAUAAAACUAAAAGCAUUGUAUUUGGUACAAAUCAUUCACUAAACCCUAAACCUCAACUAAAUCUUGUAAUAAAUAAUGUGGAAAUUGAGCAAGUUGAGGUGACUAAACUGCUUGGAGUAACCCUGGAUUGUAAACUGUCAUGGUCAAAACAUAUUGAUACAACAGUAGCUAAGAUGGGGAGAAGUCUGUCCAUAAUAAAGUGCUGCUCUACCUUCUUAACAGCACUAUCAACAAGGCAGGUCCUACAGGCCCUAGUUUUAUCACACCUGGACUACUGUUCAGUCGUGUGGUCAGAUGCCACAAAAAAGGACAUAGGAAAAUUGCAAUUGGCUCAGAACAGGGCAGCACGGCUGGCCCUUGGAUGGCCCUUGGAUGUACACAGAGAGCUAAUAUUAAUGCAUGUCAAUCACUCCUUGCUCAAAGUGGAGGAGAGAUUGACUUCAUCACUACUUGUAUUUAUGAGAGGUAUUGACAUGUUGAAUAAACCAAGCUGUAUGUUUGAACUACUGGCGCACAGCUCGGACACCCAUGCAUACCCCACAAGACACGCCACAAGAGGUCUCUUCACAGUCCCCAAGUCCAUAACAGACUAUGGGAGGUGCACAGUACUACAUAGAGCCAUGAUUACACAGAACUCUAUUCCAUAUCACGUAACUGAUGCAAGCAGUAAAAUUAGAUUUAAAAAACAGAUACAAAUACACCUUAUGGAACAGCGGGGACUAUGAAGCAACACAAAAAUAGGCGCAGACACAAGCAUACACACACACGAUAGCAUACACACUAUACACACACGUACACAUGGAUUUUGUACUGUAGAUAUGUGGUAGUGGUGGAGUAGGGGCCUGAGGGCACACAGUGUGUUGUGAAAUCUGUGAAUGUAUUGUAAUAAUAAAAAAAUGUAUGAACUGCCUUCAUUUUGCUGGACCCCAGGAAGAGUAGUUGCUGCCUUGGCAGCAGCUAAUGGGAUCCAUAAUAAAUACAUAAAAAUACAAAUGGUAUAUGUUGCCAAAGCCCAUAAAUAUCAGGCUGUCCUACUUCUCUUUGGUUAAAUAAGAUCUAGCAUUUCUAUGGCAACAGGGACCGCCAAAAGCAAUUUUACCGGUGUGUGUGUGAGAGAGAGAGGGAUGUGUGUUUUUUGUGUUCACACGUUUGUUUGUGAAUGCCUUUGUGAGGGCGGAUAUGGCUUUUCACUGCUCUCCAAAACAAAUUACAUUCUCAACACCUUUUCUUUCUCCUGUUCCUUUCUUUCUCUCAGGGAGAAGAUGGAUUGCCUGGCUUCAAGGGAGAUAUGGGAAUCAAGGGUGACAGGGUGAGGCAUUUUGUUCGAGUUUUUUUUGUCAAAUGCUGUCCACAUAUCUGGACGUUUCAGAACACAUUUAUAUCCAACAGAGUAUAAGCAAAUACAUUCAUCAAUCUGGCUGGGAUUUAGUGUGCCUUUUGAUAGGCUGAUGAUGAAGAAAAAACAUUAGGCUAGUUGUCAUUGGCUGAUGAUUUUGGCUAGUGCACAGUUGAUCCUAAUUUCUCUGGUCCAAAAUGAGGUGACCUUUACUUAAACUGUUCGAUUGUAUUGAUCCCCUACUGUCUCUCUGUCCCCCGAUUGGCCCGAAGUCACUGUGACCGCUGAGUCAGUGUGGAAUUAUGGGUAAUGAGCAAACACUGACCGAACGUCUCUGUUGCCAGUUCUGGGGGUGUGUGUGUGUGUGUGUGUGUGUGUGUGUGUGUGUGUGUGCGCGUGCGUGCGAGCUAGUGUGUGUGUGCUGUUUCCGUUUGCGUGUGUGUUUUCCUCUCAAUCCCUCUCUUCCAUCUCUCCAAUUACCUCUUGACAUCUAUCCAACCUCUCUGAGAUUAAUAGAACAGAGAACUGGCAGGUAAAGAUAGAAGUAGAAGCCCUCUCAAAACUAACAGUGUCAGUCAGAGAUUUACGUUAAACUGUUCAAGUCACCUCAAUACCCCUUGAACAGGGAGACACAAGGAGUAGCUCCCCUACUUUAAACACAAUACCCUCAAUCCCUGAACAGGCCAUCUUGAGAGGAGUGGAGAGAUAGAGAGCGAGAGAGGCAGAGAGAGAGAGAGCGAGCGACAGGGAGAAGAGAGAGAGAGAAAUCGAUGAGAGGAGCUUAAACCCCUUCAAAACAGAGAGAGAAAAGACAAGGGGCUUCUUUCUGUCUUCCUCUGGAGAUGUAGCAGCCUCUGAUGAAAGAGAGGGGGAAGAAAGGAGAAGAGAGAGGGAUUUGAGAGAGCCCUGUGCUCGAGAGGAGAGGAGGCAGGAGGCUCCGGCAUGGACCGGAAUGUAAUUGUCUCCUUGUGUUGCGUGCUUAUGAGUGUGUGUGCGUGUUAGAGAGCGAGAGCUGAGUCUGCUUGAUUAACUUUUUAGCAUGAGUUAGAAUGUGUGAGUGUCAAGCUGGAAGAGACAGAGUUUUUGUGAUGACUGUGAUGUGUGUGUGCAUAUGUAAGUGAGCGCAUACGCGUGAAGUGUGUGUGUGUGUGUGCCUGCGAGUGUGUGUGACGGCGAGUGUACGGGGGACCGUUCAUGGUCCACUGGGUCAGCACGGUAACGACUGGUUGUCAGAGCCAGUUUGUACCCUGCCGUUUAGAGUUGUGCUCUGCCUCAUAGCAGCCUCAGCGCAGCACAACUAACCCACCAAAGGAUGAAUACACUUAAAGAGGGAGGAAAUAAAAGUCCUCUUAUAUCACACAGUCAGCUUAACAGACAGACAUACAGACAGCAGGGAAAAUGGCCUCAUUUUGAUUCCUUAAGCAGUUACUGAGCAUCAGAGACUGAGCUGCUAGACACUCACUGUCUGAAGGGAUGGACCCGGAGGAGCAGGUGUCAUCACUGAAAAAGUGACUGAAACGAUGUGAGGGUGAGACGAUGUCAUGACUGAAAAAGUGACUGGAACAAUCUGAGGAUGAUAUUGCAGUUUGCUGUGCCUGUAAGAACAAGUGAAUGACAGUGACUGGAAUGAUGUGGGUAUGCUAGUGCAUUCCAAAGGCCUGGACCUGGGAAGCAGGUGUCAUGGCUCUAUGAUAUGACAUGACACGAUACACUCGUAGAAAAAAAGGGUUCCAAAAGGGUUUCCUUGGCUGUCCCCAUACGAGAAUCCAUUUUGGUUCCAGGUAAAACCCUUUUUGGGUUCCAUGUAGAACCCUCUGCAACCAAAAACAGUUAUUCAAAGGGUUCUCCUAUGGGGACAGCCCAAACAAACUUUUAGGUUCUAGAUAUCACCUUUUUUCUGAGUGUAAGUCAAGAUAGAAGAUAUGGUAUGAUUCGAUUAGUAAAUCAACCACAUAGAAUGCCACAAUAUGUGAUUCUAGGAUAUGAUACAACAUGAUACUCUGAGAAAUAGUAUGACACAAUAUGAGAUGCCCCUGAAAACUCUGUAACCUGGUUAUGUGUGUUAUCCAGGGUGAGCUGGGACCUGCAGGACCCAGAGGAGAGGACGGACCUGAGGGGCCCAAGGGUCGCUCCGGUCUCCCUGGAGAUGCUGGCCCUCUCGGACCUAACGGUGAAAAGGUGAGUCGUCUUUGUCCUUGUGACAAACUUCAAAUACACUGUAAGUAAUGGUGACCAACUCCUCAUACACUGUAGAACCAAGUGUUUAGGAUCUGAACACAUAUCGAAACAUUUUUCUGUAACCAUUUUUAAACACUGGAGAAGACAGGAAGAUAGAUGGAGGAGAUACACAGGACUUAAUUAAUACUUAAACCCAUGGCAUACAAGCAAAAUCACUUUGUGACAACUGUAGAUGUACAAAAAGGCUUUAUAAAUAAAUGUGUUUAAUUGGUUGAUUGAUUGAUUGAUAUACUGAUCGUGACUUUGUUUUGUGAUUUGUGUUCCUCUCUCUCAGGGCAAACUGGGUGUUCCAGGGUUGCCAGGAUACCCAGGAAGACAAGGACCGAAGGUAAGUCCCCUUUUCCUCCCAGAAUCCCUUUCUUUCUCUAUCUUUAUCACAGUGGACACUUCAAGGAGGCACAUCUGAAGGCCCCUUGAUUGAACAUGGCGUUAGUGAUGGACUGGUCUGACUGGCCAGCGGGGCACCUCUCUGACGCAGGCGGGGCGCAGGGCGGACAUGUUUGAACCUCCCUGAUCAAAGAGGGCAGGAUUUAGCCAUGCCUUUUAGUGUCAGACAGACGCCCACUGCCCGACCGCUACCCACAAUGCAUCACUUCUGCCUACAACAGCACUUUUACUUUACACCACUCAACGUCUUUGUUGCUCGCCUUUGAUGAACCUGGGAUUUAAUCUUGUUUGCCUCUCUCUCUCUCUCUCUCUCUCCUCUCUCUCUCUCUCUCUGUCUCUCUCUCUCUGUCUCUCUCUCUCUCUCUCUCGAUCUCUCUCUCUCUCUCUCUCUCUCUCUCUCCCUCUAUCUCUCUCUCUCUCUCUCUCUCUCUCUGUCUCUCUCUCUGUCUCUCUCUCUGUCUGUCUCUGUCUCUGUCUCUGUCUCUGUCUCUGUCUCUGUCUCUGUCUCUGUCUCUCUCUCUCUCUCUCUCUCUCUCUCCCUCCUUCUUUUUAUAAACACAGGGAUCUCAGGGAUUCCAAGGUUUCCCCGGAGCCAACGGAGAGAAAGGAACAAGGGUACGUCAGAGAAAAGCACACCUCUCAAAGUUCUAGCACUUAGUAUUAGUAUCCUUACGUUUGAAGUUAUAGUUACAUAUCUACUCUACAUACCUAGAAAACAACUCUGUGGAUGUGUGAGCCAGCCCAGUGCAUUUCACUUUGAAGUUUAGUAUUCUAUCCACCCAUGAGAGUUUUGGAUCAAUACUGAAUCAGAUCAAUGGAGACACGGUUUAUUCUCUCUCUAACGCUAAUUCAAAACACACAGAGAAUUUUAGUCAAAGGGAAGAAGAUUAAACCAAGGACAAAAAGACUGUUGUAUUUCUUCUUCAUCACCAUCCUCACAUAAGAGCAUUGAAAUGCGCCAUAAAGGUAAUUUAUCACAUUGUACGGUACUUGGCGCAAUGUUCCAUUUUCUUUUAACAGAGACGGGUCAUUAGUUUGGUCUGGAGAGUAAUGCUUUGUCACAAAGUGUGGAACAACGAACGGUACAAUGUUGCUACAACAUUAGACUUUAUGAGGCAGGAACCUUAACGCUUCGACGUAGAGCGAUGGUCCUCACAUUAACAUUAGUUUCAUUGCUGUCGUUUGUUCAUCGAAAACCCACACACAGCCUUAAUCCCUUUCUUCAUUAAUUUGACAUACAGUAAGGGAAUACGGUCUCAUAUUGCUCUGAAAUCAUGCAAAUAUGUCUUAUUAUAUAGCAUUGUUUUGUCAAUCUACCUCAAUGUUCUCUCGCCCAAUAACAGUUUUGAAUAUGUAAACCCAUGUAUCUAGUUUCAUUAUGAAAAAUGGGGAGCUGUUUUCAAAUUUAAAACUUAUAUAAACAUCACUUUGCCUUUGUUCGCUCCUAUGAGACAAAUAAGAAGAAAGAGUCUUACCAUAGACAGAUGAAUACAUUAUGUUUACAUUUAUGUCAUUUAGCAGACUAGAGGGACCCAGAGCGAAGGUUGAAUGAGGAAAAGGUCUAAAUGUUAGUUGAAGUAGCCAUGGUGACAGUGAGAAUGGGACCUGUCUCUCUCUCUGAGUCACUUUAACUCUACCCACAUGUACAUAUUACCUCAACUACCUCAACUAGCCGGUGCCCCCGCACAUUGACUCUGCAACGGUACCCCCCUGUAUAUAUAGCCUCCCUACUGUCACUUUAUUUUACUGUAUAUAUAGCCUCCCUACUGUCACUUUAUUUUACUUCUGCUCUUUUUUUCUCAACACUUUUUUGUUGUUGUUGUUUUAUUCUUACUUUUUUUGUUUAAAAUAAAUGCACUGUUGGUUAAGGGCUGUAAGUAAGCAUUUCACUGCAAUGUCUGCACCUGUUGUAUUCGGCGCAUGUGACCAAUAAAAUUUGAUUUGAUUUUAUUUGAUUUGAUUUGAUUUAUCUAAUGAUUGCUACAGGUCUAGUUUAUCUGAUUGGAAUGAUAGGUCAGGGCGGACUCAAAUUCAUUACCAUGACAAUCUGUAACCUCUGACCUCUGUAUUUGUUAUGGUUCCUCACAGGGACUUGCAGGGAAGGCUGGCCCAAGAGGACAGAGAGGACCAACGGUAAGUCUGCUGCCUCUUUGACCUCCACUAUCCACGGCGAUACAGGUAACCAUGACAACGGCGUGUCCGGGUGACACAGGUUAUGGUUAUUUACCUUGACCCAACAAUAUGAGGUGAAUGAAAGGAGAACAUCCUCUUAAUGGUGAAGGAUAUCUUCAGAGGUUGUAUCUACUUUAUUGAUAUUCCUCCCUCCUCACGUUCCUCCUCUUAUUCUUCCUCUCCUCCCAGGGACCUCGUGGAGAGAGGGGACCCAGGGGACCAACAGGAAAAGCUGGACCAAAGGUGAGUUAGAGUGCCUUCCAAUAUGACAUGACUGAUGUCACGCCUCACUAUCAUACAAUGGUAUGAUUUUGUCUGUCAUUGCCUGAGUCCAUUCUGACUACUUCCUGUUUCCUUCCUGUCUCCCAGGGUACCUCUGGAAGUGAUGGCCCCCCAGGACCUUCCGGUGAGAGGGUAUGUACUGGAACAUUCCUCACUCAAAUACCUAUUCAGCUAUAUCAAUAUGAUCAAUUUCCAAUGAUUGACUGUAUCGUCUGCUUGUGUGUUUCAGGGUCUUCCAGGGCCUCAGGGACCAACAGGAUUCCCCGGAACAAAGGGCCCACCCGUAAGACCCCAAAAAAUAACAACACAACACCUGUACACACAUAAUAAUGCCUUUCCUCUAUUUCAGUCUGUAGUGUUUUAAUUGUGGACUAGGCCUUUCUGAGACCCCGUCUGUACUAUAAGUGCGUAUGUGUAGCAUUACUGAGGUUUUCUUUCUGUGUGUUUUUAGGGCCCCGCUGGGAAAGAUGGUCUGCCUGGACACCCUGGGCAGAGAGGAGAGACUGUGAGUAAACACAGUGUUGUUGUAGUCCUGUCCCUGUGUCAUUGACCAGAGUUUAUACUCUCCUGAACCUUAUACAUACAACCUUCUUACCGCUCUUCUUCUCUCUUCUCCUCGCAGGGUUUCCAAGGCAAGACUGGCCCACCUGGACCCCCAGGAGUGGUCGGACCUCAGGUGAGUUCUGUCACACACACCACCACAAUACUAACACACACACAUUCCACUAUAUCAUAUCUCUCUGUGAUACUGGGAGGAGAAACACACCCAAUACAAUACAUUUCAGUUGACUGGCCUCGUCAACAAAUAGACGUGUAGAGAUAAUGUGUGUACAGGAGUAGUAGCUCACUGAUGAGCUGAUAAGUAGCUGACUCACAUUGUGUCUGAUUAGAAGGAGAUGAUGAAAACCUGAAGUGUUCGGCCAAGUUACUACGAUUAUUUUUGAUUGUGGGCAGGAUGUGUAGGGUGUCACAAGAGUGUCAUAAGGAUGACUUGCAGGUGUCAUAAGGCAGUCAUAGUGAGUUUUAGCUGUGUUUGUUGUGCACCCAGAAGGGCUUUUCUCCUAUCCGUAUCUGGCUAGAGGUGACUGUCAGAGUGUCGUUUAUCCUCUUAGAUAUUAGCACUAGGCUGUUCACUCAUUAUGCAUGCUUAGUCAACAGCCAUUUCCUCCCAAGAGCUUCUCUCCUAAUGCUAAUUCAAAACAUGACAUGCAUUGAUGCUAUUAUUCUGGCAGAUGGAUGACGCCUUCAUGGAGUGACUAGCGAUUACCGGGGGAGGGAGCGCUCUCACCAACUAAUUCAAAAACAUGCACAUGGCUGUAUGGCAAAACUGGAGACGACCGGAGUGAUACGACGGUGGGGGUAGAGGACUCUAGACUACUAGAGAGCAGAGUAUAGAAAGAGAGAAGAGAGAACCGAGUAUACUGAGUAUAAUAAUGGAUCUCUCGUAUACGUACGAAUCUCUCUCUUGCUCUUCUCUCUGUCUCUUAUCUUCUCUCUUUAUCUCUCUCUUCUCUUCUUCUCUGUCUCUCUCUCUCUCUCUUUCUCUCUGUCUGUCUUUGUCUCUCUAUCUCGCUUCUCUCUCUCUCUCUCUCUGUCUCUGUCUUGUUCUUGUUAUUCUGUCUCUGUCUACUGUAUCUGUUCUGUCUCUGUCUUGUCUCUUCUCUGCUGAUCUCUCUCUCUCUGACUCUAUCUGUGCUCUCUAUCUCUCUCUCUGUCUGGUUGUCUCUCUCUCUCUCUCUGUCUUCUCUGUCUCUCUCUCUCUCUCUUCUAUCUCUCUCUCUCUCUCUCUCUCUCUCUCUCUCCUUCCCUCUUUCUCUCUCUCUCUCUCUCCAUCCACAGGGCCCCACAGGUGAGACUGGACCAAUGGGAGAACGUGGCCACCCCGGACCCCCAGGCCCACCCGGUGAGCAGGGUCUUCCUGGAUCUGCUGGUAAAGAGGGAGCUAAGGGUGACCCCGGUCCCGCUGGCCCGGCUGGUAAGGACGGUCCCCCUGGUCUGAGAGGGUUCCCAGGAGAGAGAGGUCUGCCCGGCCCAGUGGUGAGUAGCACACACCUCACAUCAUUUCUGUCUUAUCUCUGUUUGGGAUAAAUAAGAUUCAGAUCAAUCAGAUUGAUCUCGCUCUCUCUUUCUCUCUAUAGGGGGCUCACGGCCUGAAAGGGAAUGAAGGCCCCAACGGCCCACCUGGACCUGCUGUGAGUACAGAUGAUUAACACAUGUCCACCUACAACACUUUUUUUUUUUUUUUGCUAUCAUUAUCUCUCUUUCUUUUUUCUAUUUCUCUCUCUCUCCCUCUCUCUCUCUUUUUAUUUCGUACACACACUUACUGUGGGAAUAAGGUUCAUAGCUAAGCCCAUCAGUUCAUGUGUCAAUGAUAUUCAUACUUUAUUAAUUAGUUACGCAAACAGGUUUCAACUUAUUUAGUAGAUUCUACUCUAAACAUGUAUGUACCUGAUGUAGACUAGUACGCCAUGGAUUUACAGAAACUUUAGAGGUAUAAAGGUAGUAUUGGUAGUGAAUGUAGUACAAUAAAGGCAGAGACAUGUAUUUAGGGGAAUAUAAUGGAAUAUAGAAUGAGCAUUAUGAUACAUUUACAUGACACUACAAAAUUCCAUGGCAGCCAUGUUAGCGCCCCAUUAACAUUACAUGGGGAAUAUUUAAACAAUGCUAUGUAACUAAAUGUCUGGAGAAGGAACAAUAUUUGAAAUUCUAAAAGUUGCCCAACUCUCUAAAUAUAUGUCUGUGGUUUCAGGUAGUACAAGUAGUGACCGUGUCUCUCCCUGUGUUCUAGGGUUCCCCUGGUGAGCGUGGUCCUGCUGGCCCAGCCGGACCCACCGGACUUCCCGGACGACCAGGACCUCAGGGACCCCCAGGACCCGCAGGAGAGAAGGGUGGACCAGUAA